CGGAGGAGGGGUGUGUGAACGCGCUUAAAAUUUCUUUUCUUCAUACCGUUUGUUGUGGCCUCAAAACUGUUUGUCUGCCUUGGAUUCUUCAAUUUAUUUCAUGUAAGACUUCAUUCCUUUGAUGCUUCAUUCACAGCUGUUAGAUUGUCAUCUAAUAUAAUAUUGUAAUGGACCUCCUACAUGUUUUGGAAUGCAGUUAAACUUAUUCUAAUGAUGCGCUUUAUUUCUCAGGAAUGAAUCUUAUUUUGGAGUAACUGCGAUCUCUUUGCUCAUUUCUCAAUCAGUGCUUGAAUAACCCUGGUUUGUUUGCCUCAGAUUUUGCAACUCGCUGCUGCAGAGCUUGCACUGAGUGAAGCACUAAAGCGAAACAGUAUAUGUAAGAGUAAGUGAUAUAAUUCAUCGGGGAGGGCGAUAUAAAGCUAAAAGGAUGGUGUUGAUGGCAGAUUGCUCUCUGGGGAGCCCGACAGAAGAUACAUGGCGAGGAGAAUGCUGGCAGAUGGGAUGGGUGUUUCCAUGCCGGCCGUCUAUUAUGAUUGUUGUUUUUGUGUAACGCCAUGACGCCACAAAGCCAGUGGCGCAAAUGCACAAAGGAAAGUGAAUUAGCUAGCUGGUACUAUUACUAGCUUAGCGACACUGAACCGUGCUGUACUGAUUCUGCUCUAAUUCCUGUUGGAAACUUGAAAAGCACAGUUGUUUUUGUAGUACCUGAAAAUAUUUGUUGUUUUUAAUGGCCUGGUAAGGUCAUCUUCAGCCAAAAUUUGCAAGAUGGAACGCAUCUCUUCGCCUUCUCUGGUCCAGUCAGAUGUCCUGUGCACUUGUGUGUUGUUGCAGCGUGGUGGAGGCUGAUGUGUUUUAGCUCAUAGUGCUGGAGAGCAGCUGGGCAGGGCAGGGCUAAUAGACCCAAUGACAUCAUCCAUAGGGAGUGAGGGAGAGAGAGCGACUGGGAGCAGAAGAGCAAGCUUUGCCUGAGGCUGAGCAGAGAAGCAGAAUUGCUCGAGAGAGGGCAGGAUGAGAGCGCGGCGGGCGGCGUGUUCCUCGGAGCCGGCAGCAUUCACUUGACUUUGACUGGGAUAUAGGACCGUCUUGCAGAUAUUUUCGGUUGACUUUUACCCCCUUUUGCAGGACUCCUCUCCCCUCCCCUUCCCCUUUACCCCCCCCAUUUCCCCACAGAGACUUGCACGAACCCCCCAGAUUCUGCUUGUAAGCGGCUACUCCGGGUAUGCUCCUUAAGCCAAAGUAUGACCGCUUUCGCAACGAGUCUGUGACCUCCACUGAUGAUCUGAUGCAGAGCUUAGCCAUGAGCGGCAAAGUUGUGGCCACACCAGUGGUCCCUUCAUCCACCCCACGCCUCCCACUGCCUCCUCUGGAUCCAACAAGCAGGUCCUCCUCCGCUGGUGGGGCUGCAUCCCUGGCCGACUCUCCGUGCCUGGACGGAGAACAGGAUGGCACCACAACCUUCUGCAUGCUGAUCCCAAAGAUGCCCCAGUGGAAGUUCUCCAACUCCCUGCUCAGCCGGAGCCCCUCUAACUCCAGCUCUAGCUCCAGCUCCAGCAAGGACUCAGGCAGAGCAGCCGCCGUCCCGGGCCAGGCCUCUUUCUCCCCGUCAUCAUCAUCAUCAUCCUCCUCCUCUCACAGGCAUAGCGGAGCACCUUCAGCUAGCGGACCAGUCGCCAGUCUAGCAGCAGUACUCAACUCAUGUGACCCUGUAUGUGUCACACCAUGUUCCCUACAGGCCAUACGUGGACAGAGAGCAGUGGCAGCAGCGAACUCUGCAAGCUCCGGAGCACACAGUUUCGGGGCCACCGAGGCCAUGGCGAGUCCCAUAAGUUCAAGCAGCUCAAGAUCAGGAGGGAGCCGCAGAACCAGAGUGGAAGGCAUGUGGCUUGGAGGGGAGGACUUCAACCAGAAAGGCAACUUCAUCCACAAGCCUUCUCAAGGUUGGUUGCACCCUGAUAAGAAGAUUGCAGGACCUGGAGCGUCCUACAUUGUCCGGUACAUGGGAUGUAUCGAGGUGUUGAAGUCAAUGCGCUCACUGGACUUCAACACACGGACUCAGGUGACUAGGGAGGCCAUCAACAGGCUCUGUGAUGCCGUGCCUGGUGGGAAAGGAGCGUGGAGAAAGAAGGCCCUGAACAAAGCUCUUCACUCCAUCAUGGGGAAGAGCAAUCUGCGCUUUGCCGGCAUGAGUAUUGCAGUCAACAUCUCAGUGGACGGCCUCAGCCUUCUCAUCCCCACCACGCGGCAGGUAAUAGCUCAUCACCCGAUGCAGUCCAUCUCGUUCGCCUCCGGAGGGGACACGGACACUCCUGAUUAUGUUGCCUAUGUGGCCAAAGACCCGGUGAACCAGAGAGCAUGUCAUAUUCUGGAGUGUUCCGACGGUUUAGCCCAGAGCGUCAUCAGCACCAUCGGCCAAGCUUUUGAGCUGCAGUUCAAACAAUAUCUUCACAGCCCUCCCAAAACACUCACGUCUGUGGAGAGGUCCGUCCGCCCGGAGGAGCCAGCGUGGGGUGAGGAGGAGGACUUCUCUGAGCAUGACUAUUACAAUAGCAUCCCUGGCAAGGAGCCCCCAGUCGGGGGGUUGGUGGACUCGAGGCUGAGGCCCAGCAAAAGUAUGCUGGGUCACAUUCACACGCAGCCACAGAGCAAAUCUGCAUCUCAGACAAGCUCACCUGCCAGGAGGGAGCAUCAGUCGUACCCAGCAGCUCAACUCUGCUAUGAGCUUCACUGGGACACUGACACCACCUGCAGCUCAGAUGGGUACCUGUGUGCGGACGGUCAGCAGCCCAGUAGCAGAGACUAUGAGGAGCAUCAAUAUGUCAACACGCAGAGCCUGGAGAACCUGGACACACUGGCUCAGGGGCCCGAGGGGCAUCGAGGCACCAGACCGCCGGAGAGUCCCAAGAAAGACCUUUUUGAUAUGAGACCAUUCGAGGAUGCACUGAAGCUCCAUGAGGCCAGUGGGGCAGCACCUGAAGGUCGCGCUGAGGGCGGCGGCAUCCGGGUGUUAGAGGACCAGUGGCCCAGUCCUCCUCGCCGCAGAGCCCCUGUGGCCCCAAACGAGGAGCAGCUACGCAGAGAGCCCUGGUACCACAGCCGCAUGAGCAGACGGGACGCAGAGAAACUCCUGGUCCGCGAUGGUGAUUUCCUUGUGCGGGAGAGCACCACCAACCCGGGACAGUACGUGCUGACGGGCAUGCACUGUGGUUUACCCAAACACCUGCUGCUGGUGGACCCCGAGGGAGUGGUGAGAACCAAAGACAUGCUGUUCGAAAGCAUCAGUCACCUCAUCGCGUACCACCUGAAGAACGAGCUCCCCAUCAUAGCGGCGGAGAGUGAAGUCCACCUCAAACAAGUCGUCAGGAGGAAACUCUGAUCCAGCUGAUGGAAAAGAUUUCUGUGGACACACUGGAUUUACAUAUCAUGUAUCAUGUACAAAAACAUGCGACAAAGGACGCCAGAGGAUUUUCUUCAACUUUGACUCUAAACGGUCCAGACUUGUGCUCCUGCUUUCGGCUACAAGGAUCGACCACACUUUUCUCAGCCGACAAAAAAACAUUGCUCGUUCCUUGAGACAAAGAAGACUUUUGAAAACCGUGGCCUGUCUGACUCCCGUCAACUGAAGAAGCAUCCAACAGUAUUGUGUUUUAUUAUACACACAGUCAUGUGACGAUCCUGAAAGAAUCCAACAGACUGCUCACGACUGAUUAAAAACGUUUUGUUCUAAUGCGGAUGAAAAGAAUAAGCUAAUUUUUUUAAGGGAGUAAGUGAAAGAAAGGUGCAUGGAACUCAUCUAGAGAAAAUUGUGAUGCAGUCUCCAGUACGACUACAGCGACAAAGUUGCCUGUAACUUUAUUACUGCACCCAACUUCUCUGUGUCACACUCUAUAUUAUAGGUACUAUUGCCACUCAUUUACAUGAGCGAUGGCUUGUUGCAGCAGAGGUUUCAGAGCCAGGAGAUAAACAAAAAUGUUCACUUUGCUCUACAAACUUGCCCCACGCUAUGAUAAACACGUUGCAAAUUUAGUUUGUCCACCAAGUAUUUAGAGCGACGUUGUUGUGUUCCACUUCCAAGUGGAAUGGCUACACCUGAUCUGAGCUCCUACUUCCCAAUACAAAACAUUAAAUAGCAUUUGUCGAAUGUUAUUUACCGCUUAUAGGAAGUCCUCCUUUUAUGCUGAGAAGAAGAAUGCUUGAGUGUUUUGUCUUCUCACUCCGACUGAAACAAAGCAGCAGUCGACUUACGCUAGUGACGUCAGCUCCGCUCACUUCAGUGCCUUAAGAGACGAGCAUCUGUGUAAUGUAAGUACAUACCUGUAAAUAACUGCUCUUGCUGUGAUGCCAAUGAAUGUGUGAACUGACAGACUAAGCUCCUACAGUUGUUAUCAGUGAUGCUAAGCUGCUCUUCAAUUGUGUGAGCUCAAUGUUCCUUAUGUCAUCUAAGUCAGUGUUUAACUAUCAUUGCCUUUAUUUUCCCGGCUCAGGAGAACACAACAUUUCUUCAGAUUUAGUUUGUCUGAAUCUUCGUCUGCACAGAUGAAGUUUCUGCUGAGGGACAAACUGUUUCUUUUCCUUCUCAGGUGUUUUUAAGUCUUCCCUUCUCAGAAUAAUCUGAAGAAUUUUUGUUUUCCUAAUAAAGUGAAUU